CUCGCUCCCGGCUGGUUGUUCGCAGCCCCGGCGCGUUCAGGCGGCCGCACUCGGAGAUUCGCCACGCGAAUUGUUCGUGGAGCAUUGGUCUCUGCGAGCGAGUCCUGUGGAUUCGCAGAGAAUUGGUCUCUGCAAGCGAGUCCUGUGAAUUCGCGGAGCAUUGGCUUCUGCAAGGACUCCUGAACUGGCAGAACAUUGGCUUCUGCAAGGACAUCUGAAUUCGCAGAACAUUGGCUUCUGCAGGGACACCUAAAUUCGCAGAACAUUGGUUUCUGCGAGGACACCUAAAUUCGCAGAACAUUGGCUUCUGCAGGGACACCUAAAUUCGCAGAACAUUGGCUUCUGCAGGGACACCUAAAUUCGCAGAACAUUGGUUUCUGCGAGGACACCUAAAUUCGCAGAACAUUGGUUUCUGCGAGGACACCUAAAUUCGCAGAACAUUGGCUUCUGCAAGGACACCUAAAUUUGUAGAACAUUGGUUUCUGCGAGGGACUCCUGAAUUCUGGUGGAAGUUUUGUUGAGGCAUUGUCAUUCAUCUGCGACAUCCUCCUUCCAAAAUGGCUUCUGGAUUCCCGAAAAAGACACCGAGCCCUCGUCUUCUGCUCAGGGAAAGACUGAAGCCUGAGACUCUGACUCCCUCUGCCUUCCAGGAGGAGAUGUCUCUCAGCAGCAAGCAGAGGCUGGCCAGAGCUAAGAAGCUGAGUCUGCCUCAGAUUGUCCAGCCUCAAGACAAGCGUGAGAGCUCCCACCAGAAGUUGUCAGCAGCUGACCCAGAGAAGAGCUCAUUUCAGCCUUGCCCACCAGAGGUGGUGUUUCAGAACUACACUCCUGGUGAGGUCUAUGAAGUGCCCGUGGUUCUGAGGAACAGGGACAAGGUUCCUCACUUGAUGAAGGUCACCUUGGAGAGCUCACCUUAUUUCCAGCUGGUGGGCCCCAAUGACGUGUGCCGCAAGGUGCCGCCGGGACUCUCCACGACUGUCCACGUCCUCUUCAGCCCUUGGCAGAACAAGGAUUACUUCCACCAGCUCCUCUGCACCACUGAAAGGGAAGGGUUCAUUGUGCCAAUUCGGGCCAUUGGUGCCCGAGCCAUCCUGGACUUCCCUGACCAGCUGGACUUUUCCAAGUGUCCGGUCAAGUACAGCAGCCAGAAGACUCUGGUGGUCCGUAAUGUCGGGAACCGGGCAGCUCAUUACCAGCUGAGCACCCAGAGCCCUUUCUCUGUCCUUCCGGCCAUGGGAGUUCUGGGCGUUGGUGACACCAUGGAGGUGACAGUGGGAUUUCAGCCACUGAAGACUGGUGACUGUUCCGCGUCCCUUGUCGUGCACUACGACACAGGUGAAGACACCCACACAAGCCUUCAUGGAAGAGCUGUGGAUGCCCCAAUCAGGCUGGACAGGAAUACCGUGACCUUUGACAAGACGUACAUCACCGUGUCAAACCGCACAGCUGUGCUCAUCCACAACCGCAGUAAUAUCACAGCCCGCUUCCAGUGGAAGGCUGUUGAUGCUGGGGAAGAGGAGGAUCAGCUGGAGCUGCGGAAAAGCUGCCUGAGGUGGCUGGUGGAUUCUGCCUCAGCUGUGGCAGAGGCUUUGAGCCAGGAGGUUCUCUUGAGGGCUGCUGCCUUUGGAACCUCUCCUGAGCCUGCAACAACUUGCUGGGUUUGUCUUUCCUGUGGCUGCAGGCAGUAUCACAGGAUGUAUCAGCAGCAAAAGGAGAAGUUGUAUAAUUUUCUGAAGGAGUGGGGAGUGGACAGCACUCACCAAGAACGCUUUGCUCUUCUCACCCGCAGCCUCCAGAGUGAGAUGGCAAAGGUCAGAGGAGAUCCCAUGCUGUUCUCUGAUGACAUUUUCUCCCUUGAGCCAAAGGAGGGCGAGAUCGGGCCGAAUUGUUCGGCUGAGAUCAGCGUGUCCUUCAAGCCCCAGGAAGCCCGGGUCUACGAGCGAGCGGUUUACUGCGACAUCUCGGGCCGUCAGAACAGGCUGCCCCUGCUCCUCACAGGGGAAGGCCUCGGGCCCCGGCUCCACUCCUACUUUGAGGAACUGAACAUUGGGGAGGUUUCUCUCAGAGUAACCCACAGAUAUAAGGCGGCCCUGUUGAACAAAGGGCCCAUUGGGGCUCCCUUCAGCCUCAUCCCUCCAAGCACAGCCAUGGGCUCCUGCUUCACCUUCCUGCCCCAGGAGGGCAUCGUGGCACCGCACGGGUUCCAGCUCAUCCGGAUCUCCUUCUGUCCCACCAUGCUGGGGGAGUUUGAGGAAGAGUUCUGCUUCCGUGUGACUGAAUCCCCUAAGCCUGUGACCUUGACUAUCAGGGGCUCCGUGACGGGACCGACUUUCCAUUUUGAUGUGCCCGCCCUGCACUUCGGUGACGUCUCCUUUGGUUUUCCUCACACCUUGAAGUGUUGCCUGUAUAACACCUCCCUGGUACACAUGGCCUUCAACCUCCACAUUCCUGGGGAUGGCUUGGGAGGGCCCAGCAUCGACAUCUCUGAUAAGAUACCCAAUCCCAGUAGCCAGUGUUGGAGGAAGGAAGCUCAAGGCCUUAGUAGGCCAAGGGAAUUUACCAUAAGCCCCUGCAGCGGGACCGUCCGUGCCCUGGGAUCCGAGGAUAUCAAGGUCACCCUGUGUUCCAACACCGCUGGAGAGUACAAGCGGGAGCUGGUGCUGGACGUGGAGGAUGUUGGCAAGAAGGUGUUGGCACUGCCCCUCACGGCCAGGUGCAUCGUUCCUCCACUGCGAGUGCUCGACCCUGUCGUGUCAUUCAGGCACUGCUAUCUAGAGGUCCCCUAUGAGAAGAAGCUGACCCUUGUGAAUGACAGCGACUUUCCUGGCUGCUACUGUGUUCUCCCUCAGGAGAACAAGGAGGAGGCUGCCACAUGGUACUGCACCUCUAUGGCAACUGGGAUUAUCGAGGCUCGCGGGUCGGUGCAGAUCCCAAUUGUCCUCCGGGCCCGCUUGCUGGGAGAGUGCGACGUCACUGCGGAGCUCGCCGUGCUUGGGAGAGGAGGAUCCCCACUGGAAAUCCACUUAGAGUGCGUUGGCCAGGGACCCGUUGUCUAUGUCUAUCCGAGGGAGAUAAACUUUGGCGUUAUCCCAGUCUUAAAAGAUCGUACCAAAACUUUCUACCUCGCCAAUCAGUGUGACAUUCCUGCAACCUUCCAGGCAAAGAUGGCUGGGAAACGCUCCUGCUGGAGGCUUGAGCCCAGUGAAGGAGUGGUCCCCCCUAACACUGAGGUGGUCGUGCGUGUCAUCGCACACCUGAGUGACACGCUGAAAUUCCAGGGGGAGGUGAAGGUGUCCAUUGAGAACAGCACCACCACCAUCAUCUCCCUCCGGGCUGUGGGCAAGGGCACCACAAUUGCCAUGGACGAAUCCCUCACUUCGGGGAUCAACCUGAAGUCCCAAUUCAGCUUCACUCCCUGCUAUUUCCAUUUCAAAAUGACAAACACAGGACGACGCAUCCAUCGGCUCUACUGGAGCACAGAAGGUUUUGGCACCUUCCGUCCCAGGACUCGUCCCCCUGCCCUGGGUGGCACCAAAAGGAAAGCUGCUUCCCAGAUCCCCAGACCUGGCAGCCCCGUGUUCAAGGUCCAGCCGCUGCAGGUGGAGCUGAGGCCAGGCCAGACUGUGGAGAUGGUGCUGGAAGGCUGCUCCAGCACUGCCCAGGAGGUGAAGGAGCGGCUGCUGUGUCAUGCUCGGGUGGGCAGCGUGAAGGAACAGAUAGUGCAAGUGGAUGUCACCUGCAAGUUCAUUUGCCCUGUUGUGCAAAUGUCUUCCAGAGCAAUCACUUUCCGUGUGGAAAAGAAACCCAGUGAUGUCCUGACGCUCCAGUACCAGCCUUUGUCUUUAAAAAACACCUGCUCCCUGCCCUUCAGCAUUGUGCUGGACUUGGAGCAGCCCUUCCUGAUCUGCAGUGCAGACCAGCAGCCCCUCCCUGCAGAUUCCAAGCCCAUGACACUGGAUGUAGGGGAGGAACUUCAUCUCUGCAUCCAGUUUAACCCAGCUUAUGAGAACAGUCUGCAUAGCCGGGUGGCAGAGAGGGUUCUCAGGAUACGCUUCACGGAGCAUCCUCAUGAGGAGCAGAUCACAGUUCGGGGAGAAGUCCACUUCCCGAAUCUCCAUCUCGAGACCAAGGCCGUGGACUUUGGCUGCAUCAUGAAUGACACAGAGGAAAUGCUCUUUAUGCGCAUGACCAACUGCGGCCCUCUUCCCGUUCGCUACCAUUGGUCAUUCCUGACCGACAGGCAGCUGAACCCCAUAAGGUUCAUCCCUUCACCACCUAAAUUCAAACCCCGCUCAUCAAAGAACGAGGGAGUGUUCCCAAGGAGAUACUCCAAGAUUGAAAGCGUGAAGGAGCCAACCAAAAUCCAGGUUUUUAGUGUCCGGCCGUCGUGGUGUGUGCUGGAGCCAGGAGAGCGCGAGCUGGUCAUCUUCACCUUCUUUGGCCACGCCAACAUCAUGGCCCGUGUCAAGGCGCUGUGCCACGUGGAGGGAGGCCCCACCUACGAGGUGCUGGUGACCGGGCAGGCUUCAUACCCCAGCUACCAACUGGACGUGGAGGAGAUCGACUGGGGGCUGCAGGUGUUUAACAAAGUCCUCAAAGCAGAGGUCACCCUGCAGAACACCGGGGUACUUGAAUUCACCUACGUGGUGCCAAAUUCCAGCACCGACACUGCAGCAAACCCUCUGCCUGGUGUGCCCGUGGUCGUGCCCCGCACAGGUUCCAUUGCACCUGGCAAGAAGCAAGUGCUGGAAGUCUAUUAUCUGCCAGGAAAGCUAGGAGUCUUCUGCAAGACUGUCCAGGUGCAAGUGGCUUCUCUGGACCCAGCAGAAAUCUUCCUGAAAGGAGAGGGGACCUCCCCUGGGGUUACCAAGGACCUACCCAGCAUGUUGAAAAAAGAGGAGGAGGUAGUGCAAGAGGAAGAAGAAAACCCGGAGGAGGAAGAAAGGGAGAAGGAUGAAUCUGUGGUCCUGGAGUCACGGAUGGAGUCACGGAUGGAGUCACUGAUGGAGUCACUGAUGGAGUCACUGAUGGAGUCACUGAUGGAGUCACUGAUUGUCACAGCUGAACAACAGUGAUGCUGCCAACCUUGCGAUUUCAGCUGAGGAUAAAGAAACUGAAGCAUCCAUAUAUUCUUCAGAAGACAAACCCUGAGAAGUUCAAGGGAAACUGGGAAGCUCUUUGAAGAACCUACUGAGCCAUAAGAACCUCGAGGAUCGGCAUUGGCACACCUUGUUUACCAAUAAAGCAGGGAGAAUAAU